AUUAUCGUUGACGUCAGACAAAGAGGAAAACAUAACCUAGAUGGAGAGUGUCCCAAACUUUUCUGCGUUGUCAGUUGCACUGAGAUUCUCUGUUGCCUCUCUUGCCAGGACCUAUUGAAAACGGUAGUAAAGAAGAGCCGGUUCAAGUGGAAAACAGCCCAAAUUCUCACCAUUCGUCUACCGAUUUGAUUGGCUCACUUCGCCAAUCGCUGGUAGCUGUUUAGGACGUGAAUGAAGGAGUGACCGAGAGGUGCAGCAAUCAAGCAAACAAGCAAGCAAGCUCCUGUUCCUUUCGAAGGUGCCAAGAUGCACGUGGGAAGAUUUCGGAAGCUUAUCGCCACUUCCCAAUAUCCCCAAGUGCUCAAGAGACUCCUUUGUGACGAUCCCAAGGAGUUCCAUCCCAAGAAGGCUUUAGUGUUGAGUAAAGUGAGCCGAUAUGAGUUCGAAAAGUACCGUCACAGGGCCAAAUCCGAUCUGGAACUGGAGAAAUUGCUUUUGAAACGGGGCUCGAAUUUCCAAGCUCUGAAGAAACACCACGACAUUCACAAGAGGACAGAAUCUCAACUGAUCCAGGCUCUAGAAGACCAAGGCAUCGAAACCAAGAUUUGCCAACGCUUUGAAUACACGGAUAGCGCCGUCAAAUGGGCCGAUAUCAUCUUCAGUGCAGGCGGAGAUGGGACGUUUCUGAUGGCGGCUUCGAAAUUGAACCAUCAUCGGAAACCAUUGGUCGGGAUCAAUACCGACCCGCAACGCUCAGAGGGUUAUCUAUGUUUACCCAAAUAUUUUUCCGACCACGUGGGGGAGGCAGUGGAAAAGAUCGGCAUUGGCGCGUUCUCGUGGUUUCUCCGCAAACGCUUGCGGAUCACCCUCAUCGGAGACCGUGACAAGAUCUCUGAAAAGGCUCUGGAGCUUCACUCCCAGCAACUAACCUACCCGGAAUAUCGUUAUGUUGAGCUGAUCAAUGAGACCACAGAACCAUCCGACCAUCCCCUGGUGGACAACCCGGAGUCCAAUGGGAACAGCGAUCUAAAGUUGAGUAAAAGGGUGCUACCCAUUUUGGCGCUCAACGAGGUUUUCGUUGGCGAGAGCCUUUCUUCGCGAGUGUCUUAUCUUGAGGUGCAAUUGGACCAGGACAAGGUGUUCAAGACGAGGAAUUCCGGGCUGAUCAUCUCCACUGGCACCGGAUCCACAUCGUGGACGUUCAAUGUGAAUAAACUGACUCAUCAAUCCGUCGAGUCAUUAUUAAGAAUUGUGAAAGAAGCCACGGGCUUUCCUCUGAAUUGGCAGGACGAGCGGUUGGUGGAGAGUGUGACUGAAAACUUCAAUCACGACAUCGUAUUCAACCCGGAAGCCAACAUGAUGACCUACACGUUGCGCGACCCGCAUUCCGUGGGCACGUUUCCCGAUGCCACGGAAAAGAAGCCUCGAGGGCGAGCCGACCGAUUGGAGGUCAAAUCCCGUUGCUUCGACGCGUGCCUCGUGAUUGACGGGAGCCUGUCCUUCAAGUUCAAUGACGGCAUGAAGGCUGUGAUUGAGAUCCACGACGAGGACGCCUUGCGGACCAUUCAACUGUCGCCCUAGCCUUGGGUCAAGAAUUUCGAAAGGGUCCAUGACCAAUGCUAUUUAUAUACACAUGUCUGAAAUGAAGUGAAACCACCACCCCCAUUUGCUGAGAUAAUAUAUAUAUGAAAGCCCGAUAA